CAAACCCUUCGUUGGUUUCAUCUCUUAACCCUACCGCUUUUGAUUGACCUCCAAACGCCGCCUUCUCCCUCUCUCUCAAACCUUCGUAGGUUUCAUCUCGUCUCGUCACCUUGUUCUUCAGAUCGGAGCCGCGGAUCGGUUGAAGACUACCCCUUGUCUCUUUGAUCCCGACUUUCUCCAAGUCUUCUGCUUUCUGUUUCCGUGUUCCUUGGUCUUCCUCUGGCAUGGAAUUGACCGGACCAAGAUGGAAGGGAAAGGGGUUUGCGGAGACAGCUCUUGCGAAUCCCAUGUCGGAAAUUGUCUCUCGAUUGCGAACCUCUUUAAGUCCAUCGAUGCCAAAUGCGUUGCUUUCUGGUUGCAUUGCUCUUCUCGAAGCCGAACCGGAGGCCGCUGACCUUCUCGAGCGAGCCUCGAUCGGCAAAAACAUCACCACCUUCGGACGGGACAAGCAGUGCUUCCAGUUGGGUCCGGAGGAGUCCUUCUACUUGUAUCAUGGUCUGACGUGCAUCAGGAUUACGAGGGAGGACGGAACUGCCAUGGCAGAUGCAGAGCUGUGGAACCACUUCUGCUCUCAAAGGAAAGCGUUCCCCGAGCUCUACAAGGCGUACUCACAUCUGAGAUCGAAGAAUUGGGUGGUGCGCUCGGGCACUCAUUAUGGCGCAGACUUCGUGGCUUACAGGCAUCACCCUGCACUCGUUCACGCAGAGUACGCAGUGCUUGUUAUACCAGAGAAUGAUGGCAAGGCUAGCAGUACUCGUUUGAGUGCAUGGCCUGACCUUUGCUGCUCUCUACGUUUGAGUGGCUCUGUUGCAAAGACGCUGCUAAUUCUCUAUGUGAGCAGCUGCAGUAGGGAUAGGAGUUCAGUGUGCAGCUCGGAGGAAUUUAGUGUCGACGAGCGAAUCAUCCGAAGAUGGAUCCCAGAGAGGUCUCGAGAGGGCAAAUGCUUGGCGGGAGAUGAUGAAGUUCAAUGAAAGGAUUCCGACUUUCUGAUUAUGUAGCUCCAUUUGUGUUCUGUUGAUGAAAAUGAUCCAGUGAAUGAAUGCAGACGAGUGGAUAAGAUAUCUUGAGCUAGAAUUUAGUAUAGUUGUGGUUCAGACUGGAUGAAUGAUGUUUUAAUCCGGUUGGACUGUUUGCAUGACGAUCACCAUGGUUUCUUUGGUUUUUUGUUUUCUAUUUUGAUUCUGAGUACGUCGGCCAAAGAGAUGGAUGGGCCACUUUUAAUGUAUCAAGAAGGUUGCUUUGGAAGUGGUUAUUGAAUUGUUCAAAUUCUUACAGUCGAUGGGUGGCCUCAUCGCCACUAGCACUAGCACCUCUAAGUCUCCUGCCAGUGUGUGCUUUGGUUUGACUUGGGGGGAGAUGGUGUUUCAGUGAAUAUGAUUGAGUUGAGUUAGAUUAUUAUAUGAGGAGUUGGGCUCUCAAGAGCACUUGAACUGCAGCAUGAUAGUUGAUGCAAGGUGCCUGUUUGACGAUAUGCCUGAAAGGGACAUCAUGUUGUGGAUUACUAAUAUAGCCAGGCUUGUGGAAGCAAUGAAUAGCGAUUUGAUCUGUUCUUUUGAUUUGGAGGGGAGGUAUCAAAUGCCAGUCCAUGAAUGUUGGCAACCAUGGUUCGUAACUACUGGUUUGGGCUACAUUUUCGCUGGAGCAAAGUAGGUCUUUGAUGAGAUACAUGAGAAGAUGGUUGGAGGAUGAAAACACCGUUAUAUUGGCGUAUGCUCUUCACGGUCACAACGAGAAAGCUCUGGACAUGUACUACGAGAUGUGUGGUGUUAACAUUCGGAUGGACUUAUUUUAAGAAUUGUGCUAGAUUCCGCUUAUUGGACAUGUGAAGCAAGGUCAUGUAAGUACUAUCCGCAAUGGCUUUGUGUUUGAUAUGGUGGCAAACAUUGCUCUGUUUGACUUAUACUGUUAAGUGUGGCACGAUGGAAGAUGCUAGGAAUCAUUUUUAAGAUGCCUCACAAGAAUCUUUAAUCUUGGAAUUCUCUGAUAGGCAGCUAUGCCAACCAUGGGAUGGUAAUUGAGUCUGUCAAGACUUUUGAGAGGAUGUUGAAGGGAUUGUCCCGGACAGUGUAAUGAUUCUUGCCAUCUUAUGUGUGUACUUUGGCUUAUUACACAAGGGGAGGGAGACUUUGAGGUCAUGAUUCAAGAUCCAAAGAAUAGUCACGAGCAACACAUCGUCCAUGUAUGAUCAAGUUGUUUGGUUGAGGACUGUUGGAUGAAGAUUAUGCUUUGAUAAAGAAUGCUGCUUUUAGCCACACUAGGAACAUAUGGAUGGUUUUGCCGACCGAUGGCUUAUAGAGAUCACAGGAUCUUGGAGCUGGGGAAAUUUGCAGCAGAACAGCUUUUGGUUUGGGACAUGAAGAAUUAAGCACUUGCACAGUACCUCUGAAAGAUUAAGAGCUUACAGAGUGCUCACUUACACAGUACUUAUGAAAGAUUAAGUCCUUACAGAGUGCUUCUUCAAAUAUGCAAUAGAUCUGAGAUGGUGGAUGAGGUUUCCAAGGUUUCAGAAUCUAGAAGAACUGAAGAAGGGUCAUCGGACUUCUUCCAGCUUGCGUUUGGAUUGAGAUCGAGAAGUGGCUGCACAAUUAAACCUCAUCCGCAAAGUCUUGAAAUUUAUGAGAAACUAGAUCCAAUGAUGGGUGAGAUAGUGGAACUCGGUUAUGUUACCGAGAAACUGGUGAUUGCUUUUACUUCUCUGAAAAUUGUCCAAAGCCAUAGGAACUGCACUGAUUGUCAUAUUGUGAUUAAGCUGCUGACAUCUAUUAUAAAAUCGGAAGUUGUCGCAAAGAAUGCAAGUUGAUUUCA